AUGUGUGCAGAGAAUAAAACAGCCGUAACAGAACUGGAGCUUCUUGGGUUUGGACACCUUCAAAAUUUCAAUAGUUUACUUUUCGUUUUCUUCAUCACCGUUUACAUCAUAACACUAACUGGCAACAUGUUAAUUAUUGCUCUAAUAAUAGUUAAUCCUAGACUCCAUACACCAAUGUACUUUUUUCUUUGCAACCUUUCAUGUUGUGAAAUUUUUUUCACCACCAAUAUUGUUCCUUUUAUGCUUUAUGUUAUAUGGAAUGAGAGUGGAACUAUGCCUUUCACUGGCUGCAUUACCCAGUUCUACUUUUACACUUCUUCUGGGAGUAUUGAGUGUCUCCUCCUUACAGUAAUGUCUCUUGAUAGAUAUCUUGCCAUUUGCAUCCCAUUGAGAUAUUCUUCAAUUAUGAACGUCAGACUGCGCAAUCAUCUUGCAAUAUGGUCUUGGUCACUUGGAUUCCUUGUCAUGCUGAUCAUACCUAUCACACUUAGUUUUUUACAGUUCUGUGACUCUAAUAUUAUUGAUCACAUAUUUUGUGAUAUAUCUCCUAUUUUACAGCUUAGUUCCACUAAUACAUCCGUAAUUGAAAAGGAAGCAUUUGUAAUAGCCGUUGCGCUAUGUAUUUUGCCAUUUUUAUUUAUUAUUGGAAGUUAUUUUUGCAUAUUUCUCACCAUUGCAAGGAUUCCAUCUGACACUGGGAGGCAAAAAACGUUUUCCACCUGCAGUUCCCAUCUUGCAUCUGUUUGUGCUUAUUUUGGGACAUUAUUUACCAUUUAUUUAGUUCCUUCUCAAAGUCGCUCAAUACAAAUAAAUAAAAUCCUCUCCUUAAUAUACAUAGCAGUGACUCCACUGUUUAAUCCUGUAAUAUAUAGCUUGAGGAACAAGGACAUUAAAAUGUGCCUUUUGUCUUUCAUAGUUUUUAAGAAAGCUGGGAAACAAUUCAAUUAA